CACAACCAAACCAAACCCUAACGGGAAGGAGAAAGGUAAAAUAGAGAGAGAGAGAGAGAGAGAGAGAGAGAGAGAACUUUAAGCAGCAAUGGAUUCGCUGAGGAAGCAGCUAGACGUGUUGAUGGGAGCCAAUCGAAACGGCGACGUACUGGAGGUGACGCGGAAGUACUUCGACCGUGACGUCUGCCGCCUCUACCUCUCUGGCCUCUGCCCUCACGACCUCUUCCAACUUACUAAAAUGGACAUGGGACAGUGCACAAAGGUGCAUUCGUUGCAGCUAAGAAAAGAAUACCAGGAAGCAAAAGCGAAAGGUCUAGAUAAUUAUGAUAGGGACUUGGAGGAUAACAUAGAUAGACUGAUUGUUGAAUGUGACCGGAAAAUUGAAAGGGCCCUGAGGAGACUUGAUAAAGAAGAUGCUAAUGCUGCUAUCGCUAUCUCCGUGUCACAAGUUACCCAAACACCAGAAAUUCUUGAGUUGUCGAAACAAAUUAAAGAGAAAUUGAAAGAAGUUGACCAAUUUGAUCUCGAAGGCAAGACAGACAUGAAGAUUCGUGCGUUGGAAGAGGUUGAAGAACUAAGAGUUAAAAGAGCCGACAUGCAGUCUAUGCUUCUUUUGGAUGCUUUUAACAAAGACCGGGCAUCUCUACCUCAGCCACUAACAAAUCCUCCACAGUUGGCACCUUUGCCAGCAGCUACUCCAGAUCCACGCAUACAGGAAAUGAUUAACGAGAAGCUAAAGAAAGCAGAAGAUCUUGGUGAACAAGGAAUGAUAGAUGAAGCACAGAAAGCAUUGGAAGAGGCUGAAGCACUCAAGAAGUUGCCAGCACGCCAGGAACCUGUACAAGAUUCCUCAAAAUACACAGCUGCUGAUGUGCGCAUUACUGAUCAGAAACUUCGUGUCUGUAACAUUUGUGGAGCAUUCUUGAGUGUUUAUGACAGUGACCGCCGCUUAGCUGAUCAUUUUGGUGGAAAACUUCACUUAGGGUAUAUGCAAAUUCGUGAGAAGUUAGCUGACCUCCAGGAAGAGAGAGACAAGAAACAAAAAGCCUAUGAAGAACAAAGGAGAUCAAGAGAACGGGGAAGCCGAGAACGGGGAAGCCGAGAACGUGACAGGGAAUCUAGCAGGGAUCGUGAUAGAGGUGAUAGCCGUGAUAGAGGAAGAGACUUUGACCGCAAGAGCAGAGAUCGUGAUAGGCAUCGUGACCGUGACCGUGACCGUGACCGUGACCGUGAUAAAGAUCAAUCUCACAGCUACGACUCGAGGAGUCGCUAUAGGUCUCGUUCUCGGUCAAGAGAGCGCCCCAGAGAUUACGAUCGCCACAGGCGUCGUUACUAGCUGGAGAUUUAGAGGAGAAAUCUGAAUUUGUCAUAUGUUAAUCGACUAUUUAAUGAUAUGUAGGAGGAUCUUUUGUUGCUACUUUUAAAUGAGUAUGAGAAUUCGUGCAUUGCUAUAAAAUUGGGAAGAGAGUAUUUGUAUGCUAGUCUUAUGCUGCCUAACUCCAGCUAUCUACUGUUGCUUAUUUUCCAGCUUCAUUACUCAAGUUUUCUGAUGUCCUGGCUGCACAAGUAAAUCUUAAUUUAUCAUAAGACAGUUCUUUAGAA